UCGAACGCUAGGCGCUAGGCAGAGAUGUACAGUGUGUCAAACCAAAGCCUGAAUUAACGGUAAGCAAGAUAAAACGAAUCGUUUUGAAAACUAACAGACGUCUUUGAACUCACAGAAAAUGAUCUACUUUAACUGGCAGAAAACUCUCUGCAGCUCAUCCAUCCAUUCUCUUUGGUGUCUUGUGGACAAUGGGGUGAUUAAGUUUUGCUUCCUCCAUCCUCUACUCAGCACUUCUCUGGUUUAAACCCUCAACACACCACACCUCCCUCCUUAUAAUGUCGGAGGAUUCAGACCCAGGCUGCAGCGCCAUGGCUAGGGGGGCCUCCUCGUGUAGCUCCAUGCCCAGGGGGGCCUCAGGGUGCAGCUCCAUGCCCAGGGGGGCCUCAGGGUGCAGCUCCAUGCCCAGGGGGGCCUCAGGGUGCAGCUCCAUGCCCAGGGGGGCCUCAGGGUGCAGCUCCAUGUCCAGGGGGGCCUCAGGGUGCAGCUCCAUGGCCAGGGGGGCCUCAGGGUGCAGGUCCAUGGCCAGGGGGGCCUCAGGGUGCAGCUCCAUGCCCAGGGGGGCCUCAGGGUGCAGCUCCAUGUCCAGGGGGGCCUCAGGGUGCAGCUCCAUGUCCAGGGGGGCCUCAGGGUGCAGCUCCAUGGCCAGGGGGGCCUCAGGGUGCAGGUCCAUGGCCAGGGGGGCCUCAGGGUGCAGGUCCAUGCCCAGGGGGGCCUCAUGGUGCAGGUCCAUGGCCCAGCUCCAUUGUAGGAGCAGCUACGGCCAGGGUUGUCCAGACCUGGGUCUAGCCUCAGAGGGCAGUGAUAGCAGUGGCCAGGACCCCUCGGCCUCACCCCACAGUGGCCGUAGGAGCGCCUGCUCACGUUCCUUCCACGAGGACGUGGAAAUGAAGAGCAGUGGAUCCAGCGGGACCGAGUCACACGGCAACGAGAGCCACAGAAGCCAUGGAAACGAGAGUCACAGCACCGAGUCGACGGGUAGCUCCAAUGGCAACAGCAAAGACUCGGCUCUCCUGGAGUCAUCUGGGAGCAACAAAUGCUCUAACUCCCACAGCCCCUCUCCUCCCAGUAGUUCCAAUGCCUUCAGCCUGCUGAGUUCUGAGCAGGACAACCCCUCCACCAGCGGCUGCAGUAGUGAGGAGUCAGCUAAGGCCAAGACCCAGAAGGAGCUUCUCAGGACCCUCAAGGAGCUCAAGCGCCACCUUCCUUCUGACAAGAGGAACAAGGGCAACAAGUCCAGCUCCCUCAACACCCUGAAAUACGCCCUGCGCUGUGUCAAACAGGUGGAAGCCAAUGAGGAGUACUACAAGCUGUUGAUGACCAAUGACAGUCAGCCGUCCGGCCUGGAUGUCUCCUCUUACACCAUCAAGGAGAUAGACAGCAUCACCUCAGAGUACACCCUCAAAAACAAUGACAUCUUUGCGGUAGCGAUAUCUCUGAUCACAGGGAAGAUCGUCUACAUCUCAGACCAGGCUGCCUCCAUCCUCAACUGUAAAAGGGGCGUCUUCAAGGACGCUAAGUUUGUGGAGUUCUUGACUCCCCAGGACGUCAGUGUUUUCUACAGCUUCACCACGCCCUACCGCCUGCCCUCCUGGAACAUUUGCACCGGAGCAGAGUCAUCGCCGUCGGACUGCAUGCAAGAGAAAUCGUUCUUCUGUCGGAUCAGUGGUGGUAAGGAGUGUGUGGGGGACCUUCAGUAUUACCCGUUCUGUAUGACCCCCUACCUGUUGAAGGUGCAGGACAAGGUCCAUUCUGAGGACCAGCUCUGCUGCCUCCUACUGGCUGAAAGGUUGCAUUCUGGAUACGAGGCUCCCAGAAUUCCUAGUGACAAGCACAUCUUCACCACCACACACACUCCUAGCUGUGUGUUCCAGGAUGUGGAUAAGAGGGCUGUUCCUCUCCUUGGGUACCUCCCCCAGGAUCUGAUUGGCACCCCAGUCCUUCUUCUCAUGCAUCCCAACGACAGGCCGAUCAUGUUGGCCAUUCACAAGAAGAUCCUUCAGUAUGCUGGCCAGCCGUUCGACCACUCCUCCAUCAGGUUCUGCACGCGGAGUGGAGAGUAUGUCAUCAUUGACACCAGCUGGUCCAGCUUUGUCAAUCCCUGGAGCCGCAAGGUCUCGUUCAUCAUCGGGAGGCACAAAGUCCGCAUGGGCCCGGUGAAUGAGGAUGUGUUCGCAGCCCCGCUCCCUGCCCUCAUGGAGACCAAGACCAUGGACUCUGAAGUCCAGGAGAUCGCUGAACAGAUCCACAGACUGCUACUACAGCCAGUUCACAGCACUAGCUCCAGUGGUUACGGCAGCGUGGGAAGCAACGACCACCUUGCAGCAUCCCAGGUGAUGACCAGCGAGAGCAACACACGCUCAUCCAGCGACAACAAAAUCAACAGCAAUGGUAGCAGCCCAAGCAGGUCAUGCAUCAAGGAGGAGGGGGAGAGCAGCGGGGCCAAACCUCAGAGGUCAUUCCAGGAGAUCUGUAAAGGUAUCCACCUCCAGAAGAGUCAGGAACAACAGAUCUACAAAGCCUCCUCCUCAGCCAGGCCUGAGACCAAGAAGAACCCUGGCAAGUUCCUCCAGAAGAGUCCAGCGGUGGUGCGUCUCAAGGCCACUGCGGCCCCCGUGGCAACUCUGAGCUGGAGGGACAGUGGGGCCAGUGCUGGACUCAGUGGGGCAACCCCCCUGGAGGACUGCAGGCCUGCAGUACAGGAGGAGCAGCUGGCCUUCAAUGACCAGACGGUCUACUCCUACCAACAGAUCAGCUGCCUGGACAGCGUCAUCAGAUAUCUAGAGGGCUGUAACGUUCCCAUCGCUAGGAAGAGGAAGUGCCACUCUUCUGACAACACCACAUCCUCAGACGAGGACAAGCAGAAAGGAGGGGACAACCGCAUGCAGAUAUCUGAAGACCCUGCACUGUUUAAGGCUCAGCCUAGUCUAACCCCUGUGGAUGACAUCAUCGCAGCCUCAGGGGUAGUGGGCUCCUCCUCCCUGGCGGCCCUCGCCAUGCCACCUUGCAGCAAAGCCGAGAGUGUGGUGUCAAUAACAAGCCAGUGUAGCUACAGUAGCACCAUCGUGCAUGUAGGAGACAAGAAAGCGCAGCCAGAGUCAGAGAUCAUUGAGGAUGUAUCUGGUGCUGGGGAGGCGGUGGAGCAAGGCAGCCAGACUCCUGGGCCUCCCCCUAGCGCUGUUUCACCUCCCAGCCUGCAGAGGGAGCCCUAUAAGAAGCUGGGUCUGACCAAGCAGGUCCUAGCGGCCCACACCCAGAGAGAGGAGCAGGCCUUCCUGUGUCGCUUCAGGGAGCUGAGGGGAGUCCAGGCCUUCCAGGCGAACUGUUCCCAAUACCUGGAGCACCAGAAGAAGGGACAAGGUGCCACUGAUGCUGUGCCCGCUGUGCGCCUAUGCAGGCAGGCCGAGCCCGCCGCCCGUAGAAGUGGGCGCAACAAGAAGACCAAGUCCAAGCGGGUGAAACAGAACGAGUCGUCCGACAGUUCUGUGUCCCAUUGGAGGAGACAGCAGCAGCCCCGACUCCACCUCCUCAAUCAGGGCCUCAACCAGACCUCCUGGUCCCCCUCCAACACCUCCCAGUCCACCUUCCCGCCCCUGGCCUACCCCAACGUGGUGCCAGGCUUCCCCCUCCAGGUCUACCCCGGGACGGGCACCAUGGCUGGCACCAUGCCUACCAGCCCGGAGAACUCAAUGCCAGGCUUCGGCGACAGCCAGUGCAACCAGGAUCCCCAGUGCCCCCCGCAAAACAUCCAGCCCUCGCCCUUAUCAACUCCCAUGGUGACCCCCGUGGUGACUCUGGUUCUCCCCAACUACAUGUUCCCUCAAAUGGGGAGCGGGGCUCCAGGACAGCAGCCUUUCUACCAGGCCGAGACGGCCGGCUACCCCUCCCAGCCGCAGCCCUUCCCCCUACAGACAUCCCUCACCUUCCCACCACAGUCAUCCUUCACCAUCCAGGCCCAGUUCCCGGGCCAGAACCCCUUUGCCCCCCAGACAGGCUUCCCAAUCCCCGCUCAGCCUUUCUCUUCCAUGGCCAUGGAGCCCCUCAAGCCAUCUGGGGAAACCACCCAGUCUCGGUGCUCCACACCUGGGUCCAUGGGCGGCAGGGACCAAGUGCCCUCCCCUCCAGUGUUCCAGUCACGGUGCAGCUCGCCUCUGCAGCUCAACCUACUGCAGCUGGAAGAGACGCCAUGCUCGCUGGAGAGGCAGGACAGCAUGGUGGUAGCGCCCUCCAGUGGUUUUCCAGGGAAUAACACCUUCAGCGAGAAGGGAAGGAGUGUGGUCUGCCAAGCCAUGGUGAAGAUCACGCUUCAGCAGGUGGGUUCGCCAGGCGACGGUAACCAAAGCGAAAUGCUUGACAUCCUGCUCCAUUCGGACUCUCAUUCAGGCACCAGCUCAGCCACCUCAGGCUCCAUGGGUUCAAGGUCUAACGGCUGUGGAACCUCAGCUAGAACGUCUAACAGUGGAAGGUCUAAUAACAGCGGAACGUCGGGAUGUAGAACGUUAGCUAGCGGAACGUCAGCUAGUGGAGUAUCUGGCAAUGGCACAGUAAGCAGCAACCACACCAGCGAAAACAGCAGAAACUACUUUGGCAGCGUGGGCUCCUCCCUGAACAGCAGCCAGAAGGUCAAAGGGCACUCCACCGGCUGCGGUAGCGGGAGCAGCAGUAGUGUCAGCGAGGUGCGGCCAAUGGAGGUGGAGCAGAGCCAACACGACAAGUAUGUACUGCAGGACCCGCUGUGUUUGGUCACCGCCAACGCUGACAACAAGGUCACGUUGACCUAUCAGAUGCCCUCGCGGGGCAUCGAAAGGCUGCUCAGAGAGGACAGAGAGAGGCUGCGUGUGAUGCAGAAGAGCCAGCCGUGCUUCACUGGGGAGCAGCAGAGGGAACUGGUAGAGGUCCACCCCUGGAUGAAGAGAGGAGGUCUGCCCAAGGUCAUGGACGUCAAGGCCUGUGUGUGCUGUGAGGAGGAUGCUCUAGAGGCGGUGGUGUCUGAGGAGCAGCCUGACCUGGACAUGGGAGACACAGAGACUGAGACAGGGGAGGUCAGCCCCUCCAGGAAGCCCAGCGAGGAGCCCUUAAACACAGACACCUGCCCCAGCCCUUGCCCCUCUUCUGGCCUUGGAUCAGCAUAGCCACAUCCACACCCUGAAUCCACCCCUGUUGAUUGUAACAUAAUCACCUCCACCAAGACUCGUCCACCAAGACUCGGUCCCACCCUCAGACCAACAGCUGUCCCUGAACAGGGCAAGACCAUAUUGAACUGCCUAGUACUGCUUGCGUCCUGCUGGUGGUACACACCUUUUCUACAACCAGCUAAACUGUAUGGAAACUCUGCUACAGCCUGAGAGACCAGGGGACAUACAGAAUGUAACGGUGUGUGUGAAUGUGUGAGAGAGAGAAAAAGAAGAUGAGAUUGAGGGCCAACAGGUAGCCUAGCGGUUAAUAGUGAUCGGCCAGUAACCGAAGGUUGCUGGUUUGUAUCCACGAGCCGACUAGGUGAAAUAUCUGUCGAUGUGCCUUUGAGCAAGGCACUUAACCCAAAUUGCUCCUGUAAGUCGCUCUGGAUAAGAGCAUCUGCUAAAUUACAAAAAUGUCAAAUGAGUGAGUUCCAGUGUGUGCACAAUACUGUUCUUUCAAUUUGUUUUUUCACUGAUUGAAAUGAAUGUUUUCACUGAAGAACUUAAAGACUUUUAGUCUUGUAUUUGUGUUGAUGGUAGCCAAUAAUAUUAGGUGGACUUGCUGAUUUUCAACUGUCUCUCAAUAUGAGAAACAAUAAAUAAUUUUAAGCACCUGUAAAUGGUUGGUGAAAUGUUUUUUUGUUUUACCCCCAGUGGUUUCAAAGAGAUAUGAAUUUGUACUCUAGAAAAGCAUAUGUACAGUAUAUGUGUUUGUACGUUCUGAGCUCACAAUGUAAAUAUAGGAAGAAACCAGCAUAAGAGAACUAGGACCAAUAUACAUGAUAAUUCAUCUGUUUUUAACAAGGUUGUUGGCUGACUAAAGAGUACAGUUGGUAGGGGAGGCUUGUAGAGAUGGUGCUUUCUGUUCACCAGUUUCUUUCUAGCCUGUGAUUGAAUGUUCCCAUAUUGGGAGGACCUUCAUGGUUUGACCAAGCUUUGAGGAAAGAGUGACCUAUAGCACUGUUCUAGGAUCAGCUUUCCCAAACACAAAGCAUACCAUUAUAAGCUAUCAGGCUUGCUGGCCUUGGAACAGUGUUUAAGAGCACAUGGUAGUAGCAACACUUUCUGCGUUGUAAUACGGCUGGGAUAGUUAUUGGGUCUAGGCAUUGACCAAUAGUUUAUUGCAUGGGUAUAAAGCAAUUGGAACAGAUGUCGAAGACAUUUGUCAGGACCUCUGUCUAUUUUUCAAAGAUAUAAACACUCAACACACAAAUGGUCUACCUGCAUUUUUCCUAAAUGAUUUCUUUACAGUUUGUCUUGUAUGUCUCUGUAUUUCUUGUUUUGUUGGAUAGUCACUUUAAAAAGUGUAAACACAUUGGCUAUUCUGUGUUAAUGUUUCAAAAUAAAAGUCAAACAUGUAAAUAUA